ACCCCGAAGCCCAUACCCACCGCUGCGCUGGUGUUAUUUUGUAGGCCGACUGGUAGGCUGACAGACUCCGGAUUUCACACUAUCACAAACCGGCGGAGCGCCAGUUGGAACGACAACCAAUUCAGCCGUGGCUGCAUUGACUUUACCACACCUGCAUAUUACGGACAUUUCCAUCAUGGAUUGCAGGAGUUAUGAACUAGGCGUUAGGCCCUUGCCCAGUCAGCCAUAACGUCAGCAUAGUUGGCUAGCUAGCUAACGUUGGUAUUUUAGCUAGCUAGGUUGCUAGACCAUCGCAUCGUUCAGUUUGCAUUAACUGUUAUUAAUGUGCGUCAGUGGCUGUUUCUGAUCGUAACUAUGACUUUUUGAACAAUUCGCGUCUAUCUAUCAACUUAAUGGAUCAUUGAUUUGACUGGGACGUCUUACACUUGCCGUUUAAUAUCGCGCUACGUUGAUUUCAUAUCGCAUAUCAUACAAAACGAGGAAGCCGACCUCACUGGAUAGUCCAAGGUUUUGGUGACAGCCUCGCUUUCUUCAACACUAAACGGGAACCGAAACGUCACUGUGCGGCUAGCGGCUUCUGCAGGCCCAAUACAUUCGCUUUCAAUGGGGGAAAAUGACAACAUGGACUAUUUUUACCAGCAGGUUUUGCAAAAGGACGUGACCCGGCGUCUGCAGGUCGGCCCAGAUUUAAUAGACUACCUCAAUGAUCCUCAGAGGUCUUUGGAUGUUGAGCAAGACAAAUCACGGUUAGACAAAACCAUAGAUGAACUAACUGGAUGGGUCAACUCCAGCAAUUACAAGGUGGCCUUGCUGGGCAUCGAUAUUGUAGCAGCAUUUGUUGACAGACUGAAUGAACGGUUCAGAGGAUUUGUGGGUACAGUUGUUCCGGCGCUGGUGGAUCGACUGGGGGACUCUAAAGACCAGGUGCGCGAGCAGGCCCAAGCUCUCAUCUUGAAGCUUAUGGAGCAGUGUGCCACGCCUAUGUAUGUUUGGGAGAGAUUAUUUCCUGGUUUUAAACACAAGAACUUCCGCAGUAGAGAAGGAGUGUGUAUCUGCCUAGUUGCCACGCUUAACACGUAUGGUGCCCAGCCACUGAGUCUCAGUAAGAUCGUGCCAUUUCUCUGCACAUUAACUGGAGACCAAAACCCACAGGUGAGGGAGUCUGCCAUAGUGUCUCUGGUGGAGGUGUAUCGUCACGUGGGGGAGAGAGUGAGGGUUGACCUGAACAAGAGUGGAAUGCCCGGGCAGCGACUCCAGAUGAUCCUCGGCCGCUUUGAUGAUGUUCUUCAUGCUGGGAAUAUGGCUCUGACUCUCAAUCAAGAUCGCAGCUUUGAUGAUGAUGACUCAGUGGAUGGCAGCAGGCCCUCCUCGGCUCAGGCCUUUAAAGUACCAAAAGUACCCAAGAAACAGGAGGCCCGCAGACCCAGUGCUACUGGAUCCAAACUAAUAGGUGGAUCAAAGGAGGGAGCAGGAGCUCUUGAUGAAGAAGAUUUUGUCAAAGCCUUCACUGAUGUGCCUACAGUCCAGAUCUACUCUUCACGGGACUUGGAGGACAACCUGAAUAAAAUCCGAGAAGUGCUGUCAGAUGACAAACAUGACUGGGACCAAAGAGCCAACGCUCUGAAGAAGAUCCGCUCGCUGAUGGUCGCCGGAGCAGCAGACCAUGACUGUUUCUACCAGCACCUGCGGCUGCUUGAUAGCGCCUUCAAGCUGUCCGCUAAAGACCUGCGAUCUCAGGUGGUGCGCGAGGCCUGCGUCACAGUCGCGUAUCUGUCUACAUUGCUGGGGAAUAAGUUUGAUCAUGGAGCAGAGGCCAUCGUUCCUGUGCUCUUCAACCUCAUCCCCAACUGUGCGAAGAUCAUGGCCUCAUCCGGAGUGGCUGCUAUACGCUGCAUCAUACGGCACACGCAUGUUCCGCGCCUCAUCCCACUCAUCACCAGUAACUGCGCCUCGAAAUCGGUAGCAGUGAGAAGACGCUGUUAUGAGUUCCUGGAUCUGCUUCUUCAAGAGUGGCAGACUCAUUCUCUUGAGAGGCACGCUUCAGUGCUGGUGGAAAGCAUUAAGAAGGGCAUCCGGGACGCCGACUCGGAGGCUCGAGUGGAGGCUAGGAAGGCCUACUGGGGUCUUCAGGCUCAUUUCCCAUCCGAGGCCGAGUCUCUGUACUCCUCGUUAGAGGCAUCCUACCAGAAGACCCUUCAGUCCUUCCUCCGUAGCUCGGGUAGUGCGGCGUCCCUGCCCCAGUCUGACCGCUCCUCCUCUUCCUCACAGGAGAGCUUAAACCGUCCUUUGGGGAAGUGGUCUGCUGCCCCUGGACGAGUUCCAGCCAAGUCUACCGGCUCACCAGGCUCCCUGCAGCGUUCCCGUAGCGACGUGGACGUUACCGCGGCAGCCGGGGCAGCGGCUCGCCAGAAGGGAGGGGCAUCCCGGACGCCCGUAGGCUCCUAUGCAUCACUAGAUGAUGCCACUGAUAAGAUGGAUGGGGCCUUCCGAACAAAGCAAGUAUUGUCCACAGCAAACAGUGUCCAGACCGACUCGAGGGGACGCAGCCGAACAAAGAUGGUGUCACAGUCUCAACGUUCAGAUGAUUCAGAUUGUACACCAGCGGGGUCUCGCUCAGGCUCUCCUGGCCGAGUGCUAAACAGCACAGCUCUGAGCAUGCUCAGUACGGCCCCCCGCAGCAUUGGGACCGGGCCACAGCGACGCAGUCGGAUACCACGGAGCCAGGGAGCUAGUCGAGACAACAGCCCCACACGCCUGUCUGUGGCUCCAUCCAGUCUCACUCACAUCUACAAUGGAGCCAAAGGAGCCCGGGGCAGCCGAAUCCCACGGCCCAGCGUGAGUCAGGGGUGCAGUCGGGAGGCGAGUCGCGAGAGCAGUCGAGACGCCAGCCCUGUGCGGUCCUUCACCCCUCUCGCAUCGCGACACUACUCUCGCUCCACUGGUGCGCUCCAUGUUGCCGAAGCCUUUGGGGCAGCAGGCUCUGCUUUGGGGAUAUCACAGUCUAGUCGUCUGUCGUCGUCUGUGAGUGCCAUGAGAGUUUUAAACACUGGAUCGGAUGUGGAGGAGGCUCUGGCUGAUGCUUUGUUAUUAGGAGACAUGAGGAGCAAGAAGAAACCCGCGCGACGACGCUACGAGACGUACGGGAUGUACUCCGACGACGACGCCAACAGCGACGCGUCCAGCGCGUGCUCCGAGCGCUCCUACUCGUCUCGGAACGGCAGCAGCAUCCCCACGUACAUGCGGCAGACGGAGGAUGUGGCCGAGGUGCUGAACCGCUGCGCCUCGGCCAACUGGAGCGAGAGGAAGGAGGGGCUCAUGGGUCUCCAGACACUGCUGAAGAACCAGCGGACGCUCAGUCGUGUGGAACUGAAGAGGUUAUGUGAGAUUUUCACGAGAAUGUUCGCUGACCCUCACAGCAAGCGAGACGCCAGAGGCUUCGGCUCGGCAGAAUCCAUUAUCAGUUCUGCCUCCUUCAAGAGAGUUUUCAGCAUGUUUUUGGAGACGCUGGUGGACUUCAUCGGGGUGCAUAAGGACGACCUGCAGGACUGGCUGUUUGUGCUGCUCACUCAGCUGCUGAAGAAAAUGGGCGCUGACCUCCUGGGGUCGGUCCAGGCCAAAGUGCAGAGGGCUUUGGAUGUUACCAGAGAGUCAUUCGCCAAUGAUCUUCAGUUUACCAUCCUGAUGCGGUUCACAGUUGACCAAACUCAGACUCCAAACCUGAAGGUGAAAGUGGCAAUCCUGAGAUACAUUGAGACACUAACAAUGCAGAUGGAACCGACGGACUUUACCAACUCAAGUGAAACCCGCCUCGCUGUCUCUCGCAUCAUCACCUGGACCACCGAACCGAAGAGCUCUGAUGUCCGCAAGGCCGCGCAGGCUGUGCUGAUUGCUCUGUUCCAGCUGAACACGCCCGAGUUCACCAUGUUGCUGGGUGCUUUGCCGAAGACCUUCCAGGACGGAGCCACCAAACUAUUGCAGAACCACCUGCGAAACACAGGAAACGCCGCACAGGCGUCCACUGGAAGCCCUCUGCAGAGACACACCCCCAGAUCACCCGCCAGCUGGACAAGCCCCCUCACCUCCCCCACCAACACCUCCCAGACCCUCUCACCCAGUGCUUUUGAUUAUGACACAGAGAACAUGAACUCUGAAGAGAUCUACAGUUCUCUCAGGGGUAUGAGUGAAGCCAUCCAGAACUUCAGCGUCCGCAGUCAGGAGGACAUGACGGACUCACACUCACCCCGCAAGAGAGAGGGAGAGGAGGAGGCGGAACCUGGGAGGACAGCACUCGAUAAUAAAACCUCGCUGUUGAACACCAUGCCCAUGCUCUCGUCCAGUCCCCGUCCCUCCAGAGAUCAGCCGGGCAACUGCUCGGACUCGUCCUUUGGCUCCUCCUCCUUUGGCAAGAAUUUGAAGGAUUCCUCUUUCGACUCCGAAGGGCAGCCCGUGUCAGAUGACAGCGGAGUCGACCAAUCGGAGGUGGUAGCAGAGCUGCUGAAGGAGCUGUCCAAUCACAGCGAGCGCGUGGAGGAGCGCAAGGCGGCGCUCUGCGAGCUCAUGAAGCUGAUCAGAGACACACGCACACAAACGGUCUGGGACGAGCACUUCAAAACCAUCCUGCUGCUGCUGCUGGAGACGCUGGGGGAUGGAGAGCAUGUUAUCCGGGCGCUAGCUCUGCGUGUACUGAAGGAAAUCCUGAGCAGACAACCAUGGCGCUUCAAGAAUUAUGCAGAGCUCACCAUCAUGAAGACCCUAGAAGCACAUAAAGACCCUCACAAAGAGGUGGUGCGUGCAGCAGAGGAGACGGCAACCAUGUUGGCAAACGCCAUCAACCCUGACCAGUGCAUCAAGGUUCUUUGCCCGAUCAUCCAGUCGGCCGACUACCCGAUAAACCUGGCUGCCAUAAAGAUGCUCACCAAGCUCAUGGACCAGAUGCCGAGAGAGAACCUGGUGCAGCUGCUGCCAGAGGUGGUGCCUGGCCUCAUCCAAGGUUAUGAUAACUCUGAGAGCAGUGUGAGGAAGGCCUGCGUGUUCUGUUUGGUGGCCAUCUACUCGGUCAUCGGCGAGGAGCUCAAGCCCCAUCUCAACCAGUUAUCUGGCAGCAAGCUCAAGCUGCUGAAUCUUUACAUCAAGCGGGCACAAAGUGGCUCCAGUGGCAGUGACCCUACUUCAGAAUCAGGGCCAGGACCGUAACUCCAACCCCAUCUUCAGUUGGGUUGAAGACCAACCAACCAUUCAUCCACCCAAGAUGAUUUUAACUUUUGUGCACAUAACUCACACCCUGGCUGACACUCUCACACAUCUAACCGAAGAAAGAUUUUUUGUACUCAUUUUACACAUUGAGCAACCUGAACAUAAACCCCCUCCCCCCCUAGCUCUUCCAGGAAUGCCUUGUGCUGCCGUGCGCGCAACGUCACGUUCUCACCAUCUACCGCGUGCAUAUAAAUGUGUGUGUGUGUGUGCAACGUGCGCACCAAACUCCAUUCAUUUCAAUGUGUUAGAGAAAUCGAGGCACUUCAGAACUGUGGCGUGGUAACACUCUCAACCCCAGACAAACACUGCUAUUAUAGCAUCAUUAAUGUUUAUUAAUUAAAGAGCCAUCCGGUUACUGCUCCGCUUGGCUCUGUGCAUGUCUUAAAAGGGCCAAGGGAAGGCUGGGGCAGGGGUGCUCUGAUUGCGUGAUCCGUAUGGUGCCAAUCUGUCUGGCCGAUAUCACCCUGUAAUAUCCCAGUAUGUUAUCGCAAAAGUAACUGUCCUUCAGCUGGUCUUUUAGAGCUCUAGUGUCAUUCUGCUCCACAGAGGAGGGUUGUAGAAAUGUACUUACACUUUUAAACGGCUAAUAUCUGUCUGUCCCUCUCUCUCUCUCUCACACUUUUUUCUCUCUUUCUCUCUCUCUCUCUCUCUCUCUUAUUCAUCUGUCUCUUGUGUUUCCUGCUGCAUUUCUGUACCUGUGUUAACAAUAAAAUUGCAAAUAAAUACAAACUGUACAGAUA